AAGCUGCAGCUGACUGAGAGCUCGGUGGUCAGACAGCGCGGCUUCCAGCGGUAACAGCCGGUAACAUGCAGCUGGCUCCCGGGCGCGUCGCGUCGCUGCGGGUCGGUCCGGAUGUUUGGAUCAAGCUGUUUCGGGCUCUCUGACGCUGACAGGAGAACUUCUGGGGCCCAAAAGGAAGACGAAUGAAUGAGUCAGGAUUACGCAGCAGCCCGGUCACAAUCAGUGUCUCUCUGAGAGGGUUUUUCUUCCCGAGAUCGAGCCGUCCUCCCCGCUGCUGGGAGCCGGGUCCGCCGCUGAGGAUCCAGGUCUGCAGACGGAGGGUUUUUUCUGAGCGACGCUGCAGACACAAAGGAGCUCUCCUCUCUGUUUUUCCUGUUUUUAAGGUGACAGCUUUCCCUCUGCGCGCCCACCAGCCGCCCAGACUGUCUGAGAGACCUGAAAUAUUGGACUAUUGAUAAGUUUCAAUCAGAUUUCCUGUCGUUGCGUCGGGAAGCUGCCGGGUUGGACCGAGGAAUGUUGUGAUUUAUUUAUUUUUAUUCUAAGGAGGAAGCAGAUCCAUCCGGAGCGUUUUAAUGCAAAGCCUGUGCAGGAUCAAGAUGCAGUUCCGGACGGUGCUGGACGUGAAAGUUGUGGACGUGGAGAAGAGGCGGAAUCCGUCCAAGCACUACGUGUAUGUCAUCAAUGUCACCUACUCUGACAACACGUCUCACAUCAUCUACCGAAGAUACAGCAAAUUCUUCGACCUGCAGAUGCAGCUACUUGACAAGUUCCCAAUCGAGGGAGGGCAAAAAGAUCCGAAGAAGAGGAUCAUCCCGUUUCUCCCAGGCAAAAUCCUGUUCCGGAGGAGUCAUGUGCGAGACGUGGCCAUGAAGCGGCUGCGUUUCAUCGAUGACUACUGCAGGGCUCUGGUGAGACUUCCUCCUCACAUCUCUCAGAGCGAGGAGGUGCUGCACUUCUUCGAGACGAAAGCUGAGGACAUCAACCCCCCAGUAGAGGACUAUGGAUCCAAGCGCAAGUCUGUGUGGAUGUACGGCUUUACAGACAGCCCGAGGAAAGAGGCCUCAGGGAUUGACAGCUCAGAGCCCAUGGUGCUGGAGCAGUACGUGGCCGUGGCCAACUACGAGAGGCAGGAGAACUCUGAGAUCAACCUCAAGGCUGGCGAGACGGUGGAUGUGAUCGAGAAGAGUGAAAGUGGUUGGUGGUUCGUCAGCACGUCGGAGCAGCAGGGCUGGGUCCCAGCCACAUACCUGGACUCCCAGAAUGGAACCAGAGACGAUUCGGAUCUGGCCACCUCCAGGACCGGAGAAGUUACUAAGAGAAGAAAGGCUCACCUGAAGAGGUUGGACCGCCGCUGGACCCUCGGUGGUAUAGUUAACCGCCAGCAGAGCAGAGAGGAGAAAUAUUUGACGAUCCAGCCGUACACCAGCCAAGGCGCGGAUGAAGUGAGCUUUGAGAAAGGGGUCACCGUGGAGGUAAUCCAGAAGAACCUGGAGGGCUGGUGGUACAUCAGAUAUUUAGGAAAGGAGGGGUGGGCACCGGCCUCCUACUUGAAGAAACUAAAAGAUGACUUCUCGCCUCGUAAGAAAACCCUAACGGGCCCCGUGGAGAUCAUCGGAAACAUCAUGGAGAUCAGCAACCUGCUGCAGAAGAAGUCGGUCAGCGAGAAGGACAUCCAGACAGACGGAGAGGGAAGCAACACGCCAGAGCGCCACAUCACCAAGAGCGAGAUCAGCCUGCCCAUGCCCUAUAACUCAGAAAUCAACGCCGAGACGGGCAGGAGGCUGAGCGCCGGCCGUGACACCAACAGCCCCUGCCUGGGGAUAGCCGCCAGUUCUGCCCUGAGUGAGAAAGUCAGAGGGGAGCCCGGGUCUCCAGCUGUGGCACGAGUGGCUCCACACAGAGUGGAAAUUGGGUCUCCAAAUCUGAGGCAGAAACCUCCCCCAAGAAGAGAGACCAAUUUGGGUCUCCAGUUACCAAAGCCACCAGAGCCCCCUGCUGUGGAAGCAGAGUAUUACACCAUAGCAGAUUUCCAGUCCUCCAUCUCCGAUGGCAUCAGUUUCCGUGGAGGACAAAAGGCUGAUGUGAUAGAGAAGAACCCAGGAGGUUGGUGGUACGUGCAGAUUGGGGAGAUGGAAGGCUGGGCCCCCUGCUCCUACAUCGACAAGCGCAAGAAGCCCAACCUCAGCAGACGGAGCAGCACUCUCACCCGCCCCAAAGUCCCUCCACCGGCUCCCCCGAUCAAAAAACAAGACUCAGAGGACGCCCCCCAGCCUCUGAACCCUUCCUCCAAAGCCACGGAGCAGCCCAGCAGGCCAGUGUAUGAGGAACCGGAGUAUGAUAUUCCCGCAAUCGGAUCCGAGGGCGAAUCUGACAGUGAGUUUCUGAAGAACGAGCGCUCCCAAGAGGUGAAGACCAGCAAUGUUGUCUCUGAAAAGUACCACAGCUCCCCUCCGUCAAAUAAAGCUUCACCUCCAGUCUGCAAAGCUUCCCCAGUUUUCGCUCAUCGAAGAACCUCGUUCAGAUCUGUGGAAGAGGUCAGUAAGGAGGAGUGUAUCUAUGAGAAUGAUGGCUUCAGACUGAGCAGUGGCGUUGAAGGAACCAGAGUUAAAGGUUCCAGUGAACCCAGCUCUCCAAGGAGCUACCAUUCCUCAACAGUCCCAAGGAAACCUUCUGGAUCUUCCCCUUUAGCUGGUCUAACCAGGAAAACAAUGACGCCAGAGAUGAGCAGAAGAAGCCAGACACUUGGCAGACAUGUAGACAUGAGGUCUCAGGACAGCAGCCCUCACUCUUCAUCAGACGAACUAGUCAGAGGUCCAAAGAAAAGUCCCGCCCUUAAGCGGGAUAUUGAACCAGGAAUCGGUCAGAGCCCUUCCACCAGACCCAAGCCGUCUGUCAGACCUAAACCCCUCCUGACCAAAUCAGAACCCCAGAGCCCUGAGAGAAUGGACAUCAGCUCUCUGAGACGGCAGCUGAGGCCUGCCAGUCAGUAUCGACAUGUCCUCAAACCGACUCGCGGGGAUGACUCGGAGACAGCUUCUGUUAUCUCCUCAGAGGGUUCCAUGUGUUCACGCAGUACGUCCGAUCUGUCUUCUGUAUACUCUAAGGGGAGCCGAGGGGACUCAGAUGUGGAAGGCCCUACCUUGUACCGCUCUGUUGAUGUCUACAAGAAGGUCCAGGACUCUGAAAUCAGUUUUCCGGCAGGAGUGGAAGUUGAGGUUUUAGAGAAGCAGGAGAGCGGUUGGUGGUACGUCCGCUGGGGCUCAGAGGAGGGCUGGGCUCCCUCUUAUUACCUUGAACCGGUCAAGAAGGUGGGUGAUCCAGGUGUUUUGGAGUCAAAUGGACAAAGAAAUAGUGGGAAAAAGUCUAACAGCCUGGAGAAGAAUGAGAAGCAUGUUUUAGCCCUGAAUAACAUCAACAUUCAGGGUCUGACCCAGCAGCACCAAGGAUUGAGAGGAAAUUCUCCUCCGAUUCCUUCCAAGCCCCCCGGAGGCUUCUCCAAACCCUCUGGACUGGUUAACGGAGGUGUACGGAUGAGAAAUGGUGUACGGCAGGUGGCGGUCAGACCCCAGUCUGUUUUUGUGACCACAUCACAGACCUCUAAGGAUUCCCACUACAUGACUGGUUCCUUACGGAGAAACGAGUCCCUCGGCAGGAGUGACCACUACAGCUCUGGUUCUGCCACUCUCGGAGUUCGCAGAAAUGCCUCCUUCAGUACUGUACGACCCCACGUUGUCGUCGAAAGCCAGACGAGGCCAGUUGAGCGCUCCGGUCUGGGAUGCUCAGGAACCGCCUUCAGCACCUCCAAUGUCCCUGAUGCCUUGAGCAGAGUGAGCCAGCGCAACGGGAUCCCAGUGUCCACAGUGCGUCCCAAGCCCAUCGAGAAGAGCCAGCUAAUCCACAAUAACCUCGGCAGGGAUGUGUACGUGUCCAUCGCAGACUACCGUGGCGACGAGGAGACUAUGGGCUUCACUGAAGGAACAUGUCUAGAGGUUCUGGAGAGAAACCCCAACGGAUGGUGGUAUUGCCAGGUGCAGGACAGCCUGCUUCCCCGCAAGGGCUGGGUCCCGUCUAAUUACCUGGAGCGGAAAAAAUGAAACCCAGUCCCCUUAUAUGAUGUCUCCAUAGAGCUGUGGGCCGUGAGUCCCUAAGAAUGUUACCCCCAACCUCCCUUAAGCAAUAUGUCCUUGAUAAUGUACACUUAUGAAAAGAUGGAGGAAAUAGGAAAGAACACAAUAAAUUUUUCAGAGAAUGAGAGAAAAAAACAGAACACCUCUGAAGCAGGAAGGCAGAGAAAAACAUUGACAUAAUAAGGGAGAGGUUUCGAUUCUGCAGAAGCUAAGCAGGAUACUGGCUUUGCUGAUUAUGAUGGCCAAUAAGUGCCUUUUGUGUUUGAUCACCUGAUGGCAGAACUUUAAAUCAACCAAAUCUUUCUUCAAGAGUGCCAUAGUCCUGCGAACACCACCAAGAGUUUUACUAUUACCGCUUCAGAGUUCCAAGCAUCCUGAUUCCAGUUCCUGAUCAAACAGAUUGACGAAGACGACUAUGAAAUCUCUCUUUUUUCAUGUCUGUUUCAUUGUCACGUUUUGAUGCAAGUCUUCCUCUGAGAAUUAUUUCUGCCGUCUUGGAACAUCUGUUUGAAGUUCAAACUAACUCUGAACAAACAAGUUGGCCUAAACUGGUGCUUACAUUCCUCAAAGGUGUUAUGAUAUUCAAACAUGUAUUUAGUGACGUGGAAAACUUUGGAAGUUGGAUAUUUAGUUUUUUAAUGUAUGCCUUUUAGACCAAAAUUCCAGACAAAACAAGUAGCUUACAAAGAUUUUAUCUCCAGAAAAAUCUGUUCCUAUAUGUGUUUUGUUUCAUGUAUGCAAUAUAAAGCUGCUGUCACUGCAACAUGUGAAAUAAAUCCCAGGGACACUUUCAAAAUGUGAUCACACCAAAUAGAAACAGCUUUUCAUUGGCAAAAUAAACAUUUUCUACUUUACCUGUUAUUUAUGGUAAAAAAAAAUGAACAGGCUUUUAAUUACAAAUAUUUAAAACUUUUUCUGUUCCUGGAAGAACUUGACAUGUUUUCACAAAAUUAAAGAACAAUGGCAACAAUAUGUAAAAAAAUAAUAUUAUUAAUGCUGUCCAAUAGAGUCUUAAUAACUAAUUUUAAUGUUUUGAAUAAUUUUUAUUCAACAAGUAUCCCAAUAUCCUGCAAAUAAAACUGUGCAAUUAUGGACAAAAGUAUCAAUAAUACCCUGUGAUACGUCACAUUCAGAGUUAUAGCUGAACUUUCAGAUUCGCAAUCAACGGAUGUUCAAGACAGCUGAAAUACAUUUUCUGACACACUUUAGGCUUUAUGUGUAUUUUAUUUUAUUAUGUUUCUGCUGGACAGUAUCAUAAUCUCUAACAGAGUACAUAAACUGCUCAGAGUCUAUUUUAACGAAACCAUAAAAUUAUUUUCUUUGCUCUGUGAUUGCACAACGGCAAUAACGAGGAACGAAGCGGUUCUGUUUUGGGAAAUUAGUGCACUUUAAAACUUGUUUUGUGGUGCAUUAAUGUAAAGAUGCAGUAAAUACUCAGCACAUUACUUAUUAAAUUUUUUGUCAUUUUUAUUUAAAUUUACAGCUCAAACUCUUGAUGUGGAAGUCAGCUGUUUUGAUACAAUUGGCGAAACAGAGACCUCGUGUGGAGGUUGAGAGGUACUACAAGAUUUUCUACCUCAGUGCAAGAAUAAAAAUGCGCUGCUGGUCAGUGAGUAUCUCAGAAAUUUUACUUUAUUUUUCAAUCAUAGUGCAGCUAAAUUUACUGAAUUGAUUUGUUACUAUUUAAUUUUGUAUCAGACAGUAAUUUAUUUUUGCAUUUCUUUAUGCUGUGGGCUGCAACUUUAGCAAAGCACGAGCACUUCCUUCAUCUUUAUUGGUCUUUACAUAAUGCCUGAUUUAAAAGCAUAUUUAUUAUGAGGUUUUUAUGAUUUAACAAUCAGCAUAUUCACCCUUUCUAAGGAUCUAUUCAUCAAAUAAUUAUCUGGGUCUCUGCCUCAAUCAGAGUUCAAGUAUCUUGGAGAUUGUUCAUGAGUGAUGGAGAGGGAAGUGAGAGCUCUGCUCCAGGCUGCUGUGCUGAGCUGAGCUGAGCUGAGCUGAGCUGGGAGGUGAAGAUCUUGAUUUUGUUCUCCUUCCUCCUUCCAUCCUUCGUUAGUUAUGGAUCAUAACUGAAAAGAACAAGACACAAGCAUUCCCUCCAGUAGGGGAUUUCCGGGGUACGGCACCUUAAACAUAAUACUAAGACAAGUUAACAAAUGAUUUUUUUUUACAUUGUGUCUCAUUACAACCACAAACCUCAGUUUCUUUAUUGUUUUUUUUAUGUUGUAGACCAACACAGUUUGGUGAAUAAAUGUAAAGUGGAAGGAAGUAGAGGGCAGGAACAUCAUGUGUAGAAGCUCCGAGUCCUUGAAGCCGGAUUGUGUGGAGACGGUCGGCUCCUCAGGCUUACUGUGUCGAUCUCCUCUAAGUCCAGUUCUUCCUCCCCUGCUACUAAAGACAAAGGUCUUCUAAUGCCACAAAAUUAGAAAAUCUAAUUUUACUCCACUUACAAUAAGUUUUAAAAUCAGUCGGGUUGGAAGUAGAGCAUCUUUGAUCAUUUUUCAUGUCUUGUCACAGAUUUGCUGAUGGAUUUAGGUCUGGACUUUGACUAGGCCAUCUUAACACAUGGCAUGCUUUGGUCUGAAUGAUCACUAACAUUAGGGUGGUUGUAUUGCUGAACUUCCCCCCUAGUGUGAAAUCUUACAACCUCUCCAGCUACAUGACAGUCGUGAUGAUGUACUUUAAUCUUCUGCCACGCAAAGUUUGGUAGUUUUGUUUGCAGGUCAGGAAGUUGAACAUCGUCUGACUUUAUCCAAGCAAUUUCUUCCAUUUUCAUCCAUUUCCAUUAAGAUUUGUGGCUGUAGUGACAGAAUGCAGAUGAAAUGUUGCUGUUACCUCUGUGACCCGAACCCAGAUGAAUUCAGCUGGCUUAAAGGAUAACAAGCGUUGAUGUUUCAUUACUGCACCCAGAGUGAGCAUGCUGAUUGGUCCCUUUCUGACGACGGCAUUAUGUAAAUGUGUUGAAUCACUUCAGCUCAUGUUAUGACUGCAUACUUCUUCGUUUGAUUGCUCUGAACCUUUGUUCAAGGAAAUCUUUCUGUACCAAAUCUACGUUUGCCUGUGCAGCAUUUAACUAUGCUUUAAAUUUCUUUUUCUUUCUGUGUUUUAUUUGUCAAAAGUUGAAAUGUACCCGUGAGGAUAUGUGCAAUAGACAGAAACGGCGCCACAGAUGUAAAAAAAAAAAAAAAAAAAAAGGAAAAGUGCUGGGGAUGGACGUCCUGGAUCAAACCGAGACCCUGAAACACAUUGGACCAAAGCGGGAGGAUCUCCACUGAAACCCGCUCCGGAGUCACAUCACAUCCAUCUGGCAGCGGAGAGCCAUGGGCCCCGUCUUCAGGGGCCUUCAGUGGCCCCGCUUUGAGCUGUCACGUUCGUGCCUGACUGGAGUUUUGAGAUUUUUGUGUGUUGUUGUUUUUCCUCGCCCUCGGGAGCGCGUCCUCCCUCUCAACCCACAGGAGCGUCUCUGCUGACAUUCCCCCCCUCCCUCGCUGUCAGACCCAGUCAGACCUCCUCGCCGCCGUUCGCACGGUAAAGGUGACACUUAAGAGUAGGUGAUGGCGCGGGCGCGCUCGCUGACAUCAGCCGGAGAGUCUCAGCAGUAAACAAGAGACCUGAGAGACGAAUCCUCCUCCAGCCCAUUUCUGCUCCAUCCAUCAUCUUCCUGGAUGUUCACCAAACAGAAAAAUCUGAUGUUUUUCUCAGCGCAGAGCCCCCAGCAGGCCGCACUGACGUGCUAUAGGUCAGCGCACGCAGCUCUCCGUCUCGUUAGGGGCUAGAAACCUUCAGUUUGAAUACUUUAAGUCAAAUUUCAGGAAUAAAUCUGCUCCUGAGAGUUAAAUGAAAAGCUUGAAACCAUCCUCAGAGCUCUGGAGCGAAUGUUGAAGAUGUCUAAUUUUUCACCUUUAGAGCUUUACAGUUUAAAAAAACUUGGAAAAAAACAACUAAAUCAGAUAUGAUUUCUGUUUUCAUCUGGAAAGAAAAUAAACUUUGGAAAUUUGGACAAGAGAACAUUUGGCAAAAUGUUCAGCAGAUUCAUGUCAGUUUAGUUUAACUUUGAACAUUAAUUUAAAUUUGUCUAAAGAUUAAAUCUGGUAAAAGUUUAAAUUUGCUGGGGAAAAAAUGAUCAUUUUAGAUCAAUUCCUGCUAAUUUGCACUGAAAAGCUGCAGUUUCACUAUAAAAGUUCAAAAACGUUAAAAUAAUGUAUUCUUUCUGGGAUUAACUACGUUUAUGUAGAAUAAGGCCACUGAAAAAGGGAAAUCCUUGCUUUUUCUCAGCAGAUUAAAGUAAAAACUGUGAUUUGGGUAUUACGUCACACCCAGCUGAACAAUGUUUCAGUUGCGUUUUGUUGCCAGUGCUGUUAUUUGGAAGUCAAAAUUUCUGAUUUCCAAUUUGGAAAAAUCAACUUAAACGUCUCUGAAGACUUGAAUAGUUAGAAUUUGAUAUUUUCUCUUUUUUUGUUGAAAAGCAGAUUUAGGGAUCAUCUCACACUCAGCUUAACUGGGUUUUAGUUGAAAGUUGGAGAAACUGUGGGGUUUUUAUUCUGUUUAGUUGCUCUUGUGUUGGUUUGCUUCCCAGUAAAUCAACCAGUCUUUCCAGUGUCUGUUCUGGAAAAUGUUCGUUAGUGUCUGGAUACGUAAACUGCACAUAAAUAAACAGUUUAUUAGAUUUGUUGUUUUUCCCAGAAACUAUUUACAUAUUCCAGUGGAAUUACAGCUUCCAUCUGAAACACUGUUGACGCGUCGGGAUUAUUCCCAGAUCCGACUGGAUCCUGAUGUCCCCAGUACGAAACGCACCAUUGUUUUCAGGAAGAUCCACAGAUAAUAAAUAAGUUAGACUAAAAUAUUGACACAGGUCAGCAUCAUGUUGCAUUGGUUUUAUGAACCACAUUCUGAAUAUUUGGGAAAAUUCAAUGUUUGCUUUUUUUUUCUUUAGCAAAUUGUUACGUUUCCAUUUUAUACUGUCUAAAACUUCAAAAAUCCCAUUUUGUGCAGCUCUCUUGUGGUUCCCUCUUUGACAUUCUUUCAGUCUGAAGUGGAAUUAAUGGAGAAUUGGGAAUAAUUUUAAGCUGCUCGUCUAACUCUCAGCAUCAUUCCAGAACAGACUUUUUAUCCGAGGGUCUCUCAGCAGCAGCGACUUUUAAAAAAAAACAAAUUUACGCAGAAAAGUUUGUGGACCUGAUGAGGAUCUGUUGGUUUCCAUCCACCUGCAGCUCUGCUGUCCAGAUCCCUCUGGACGUCCCAACAGUCGGUUAUUAUUCAUUUAAAAACAGCUUGGUGAAAUGUCACACUUCCUCCACACAGCUAAGUUUCCUCUUCCCCUUGAAAUGUCCUGGUUGUCUCAGAGAAUGUUGAUGUGAUGUGUGUUUCAGAGCAGGUGUGUUCAGGUGAAGGAGGGUGCAGGGAGAUGGGCGGUGAAAGCAUGUUGGUCAGCGUUUGAAUCGGAUUUAAUUUCAGAUUCCGCAUCUCCCUGAAGUGUUUGAGGAGGUUUUUGGGAAACAAUAGGUGUGAGCCGGUCUCUUUCUUCGCUUUUCUCCUUUCUUGUUUUGUUCAAAGGAAAACUGAAGGUGUUGAAGUGGAUGUGGAAAGUUUCUUUGCAUGUAAUGAAGCCAAGUUUGUGGAAGGAGGGAGAGCUGGUGGUGAGAGGAGCAGGUUUGGUUGGACAGGUUUAGGAAGUGAAGGUUGAGGACGAUUCUGCAGGUUUUUAAUUUACUUUCUGGUUUAGUUUAAGAGAUCGAGAAGAAGGAGGAAGAGGAAGAGGCUGUGUUGAGGAAUGAAGCUCGCUGCUGUGGCUGUUUUCAUCUGAGGCCUCGGUUUAAUUAGGACAAAGGUUCAUCUUAAGUUAAGUUGAUUGUGAGCGUAUCCCAGACAUCCUGAUCAGUCAGAGAACAGAGUUCAUCUCCUCCCUGCUGUGGAACGCAGAGUGCCAAAAACUCCCACCGGAAAGUUCCUGCAGAUCAGAAGUCCUGCUCUGUAAAUCCCGACAGAGAACCAGUUUACCAGCCGUGCUAACAAACAACUGCAGGCCUUCAGUUGGACCAAACGAGGUGCUACUCCUUCAUGUUUCCUCUGUUUUCUUUCUCUGCGUUGGGUUAAAGCCUCGCUGACUCCUUGUUUUCAGAAGACGUGCCACGAGGACUGAAAGUCCGGAUGUCUCCCGAUCUGAGACCUUCCCUUUUGAAAACAGGGCCGUUUCUUAUCUCCAGCUUCAUUUUGAUGAGUCUCAGUGUCUUUCUCUUGUUUUGUAUCUUCUACAUGUUUACAUUGUAUCUGCCCAAAAGAUAAACAAUAUUAAAUGUAUUAUCUUUGCUGUUUUCA